AUGGAAAACCCUUUAAAUCCAUCGAAGGAAAUUAUUAAGUUAAUAAAAGAUACAUUAAAAGCAGCGACAAGACCAAAUAAAAAAGACAUCAGUGAUGUACCAACAUAUUCGUUGUCUUUACAUGUUGAGAAGAUCCAAAUAAAAUCAAUUCAUCAUUUAACUCAUACAUCGAAAACAAGACAAAAUCAAUUUUAUACCAAAUUUCAUGUGAAUGAAGAGCUGUACACCAUGGCGAAAUGA